CGGCUACGGGCUGGCCGUUAGCUCCUCCGACCGCAGCCACGUCAUCGUGGGGUCUGAAAACCUACCGAGACGCUACAUGCCGCCCGAGGCGCUACAGAAGGGGCGAUUCUCGGAGAGCAGCGACGUUUGGUCCUUUGCCGUGACGAUGUGGGAGGUUCUGACGUCAGGGAGCAUCCCCUACUACGAUCUGUCCGAUGACCGUGCUGUGCUCGAGCAUGUGCUUCAGGGAGGUAGACUGCCCAGGCACGUCAUCGCAGGAGAGUGCCCGGACUCCUUGUGGGCCCUCGUGAUGCGCUGCUGGGCUUCGUCGGCCAAGGACCGGCCGAGUUUUUCCGAACUUGUGGCUGCGCUGCGGAGAAUCAGAGAGCAACGGAACAAGAGGAAGCAGGCGGAGCUCCAGUGUGAAGUCGAAGAUUAACGACAAGGAAGGCAUUCUUGCCGAUGAUCAGAGGUUUAUAUUAGCGGGCCGGCAGCUCGAAGAUGAACGAACUCUUGCUGACUACAAUAUUCACGGAGAAUCAACGAUUAAUUUGAUACUACGCUUAAGAGGUAGUAUUACCGCAUUCACCUCCAGCGACUUCUCAGAUCCUCUGGUCGCUUACCUGAUGCUCUCCAACGAUGAUCGUGCGAGGGCCAUGAAGCCGAUGGCGCAGCUCCGGAUCAAAGCGAAGAGAGAGCACGCGACGGAAGGCGCGAGCUUCACCUUGAAGCUUCCCGGGGAGGACCCUG